GGAGGUACAGCGCGGCGAUAUGGACCGAGCUCGCAUUGCGUUCUCUGUGCAACCUUGGCAGCUGCUGUAGAAAUGUUCAAGUAAAGUACGCUAUUUUACCGCAGGAGACUUGUUCUGGAAGUAAGCGUUUCUGCUCUUGUCUUCAACCCCGCGUUCGCGUGAUCAAGCGCUUUUUUUCGAACCUGGUUGGCAGUCUCUAAUAACGUCUCUCUCUCUCUCUUCCGUCUUCUCUGGGACUGUGUAAAGGCCAGUGGAAUUAUUAUAGCCACACACAUAUCAUUGUGGACUCAACAGAGCGACGAAUUGUGAAGCUGUUGAGGAUAGCCUACAUUAUAUUUGGAAGUGCGGCUGGUUCGGACCCUCUCAUGAGAAGGAGGAUCAAUCAAACAGAAAUGUGAAAGUUCUGACUCUUCCAAUGGAUUCCAAAAGGGGCGUACAUAUGCAACAGACAGACGUUGGGCAAUAGAUUCGAUCACACGAGCGCUCUCUGCAGAGCUUACACACUGCAAAUCCAACAGUUCGUUUGGAGCGUGCAUGGAACGCAAAGUGCAUGUGUGGGGACAGCGUUAUCAAUGAUAAAUGUAACAUGGCUUUUUCUUGAUUUCAGCCACAGGUGAAUAUUGUACAAUUUGGAUUGAGGUGCGCUACUUUUACUUUCUGUGCUGGGACAUCUAUAUACAAGUGUAGCUGGUUACAAUGUUGGGCUCCGACGUCUCUGAUCUGCCGGUGCCACGGAGUUGAGUCUGAUCUUCAGAAAAUGAGUUAUUGAAUUAAAUUUCCUGUCAGGAUUGUUGGUGCACCGUUUCUUAUCGUAAUGGCAAACGAGAACUCAUACGACAGCCGAAGUAUUGUAGAGAUCUAUAUCCACCACAAGCUGCUUAAGAAGGGAUAUGUGUGGGAUCGCCAGUCAGAGGACACCUCUCCUCCCGUUAACGACUUUGAAGACGCCCCUGCUGCGUUCUCGCGGCGGCCGCGGCCAGUCUUCACCGAUGAAGAAGACGUUUCCCCACCGUUUCCAAACCGUAUCCCGGAACCGGAGCCUCGCGACAGGCUGCACCGGGUGUUGCGCGAGGCGGGGGACGAGAUCGAGAGAAUGUACCAGCGGGACUUUGCGGAGAUGUCCGGGCAACUACACUUUACACCGAGCACUGCUGAACCAAGAUUCGUCGCUGUGAGCGAGGAACUGUUCCGAGACGGGGUCAACUGGGGGCGGAUUGUGGCCUUUUUUGAGUUCGGCGGGACUAUGUGCGUAGAGAGCGUCAACCGGGAGAUGACGUCGCAGGUGGACAACAUCGCGCGCUGGAUGACAGAGUAUUUGAACGGACCCCUGCAGGCGUGGAUCCAAGAGAACGGGGGUUGGGAUGCGUUUGUGGAGCUCUAUGGUCAGCAGAGGGACUCUGGGUUGCAGUCCUGGCCCUACCUGAGGACCGUGUUUGGGCUGGCAGCACUGGGGGCUGCGGGGGUCACCCUGGGAGCCCUGUUCACACAGAAGUGAUUCAGCGACACAGAACUCCGAGAAGGUGUGUGGUGGUGGUGGUUGUGGGAGGGUGGGGGACGGAGGCACUUGAAGGACCUCUACUCCAGAGGUCUCACCUGCUCUGCACCCACAAAGAGGCCUGCAGGACCUUUAUAAGAUCUUCAGUUCCACCUCCAGCUCUAGUCACCUACCCAGCUCCAGACCCACUCCCAGAUCCAAACAUGGCCCCAAACCAACACCAGUCCCAGCCUUCUAAAAGAGUCUUGUCUGCCCUGAGUCUCUUUUGGAACUACCAGAAGAGCAUGCUAUUCUCCAGAACGGAACUACGCCUCCUUUCUGAGAAUGGAGGGAGAGAGAAAUGGAUGGAGGGCAAGCAGCAGACUAACACACACACUCCUUUUCAACAACAGAAGACUUUACAAUUUUUACUCUCACAGAUGACACCAUAAUGGAUAAAUACGGUGGGCUGUAACUUCUACCAUACACUUCACAGAAUUUUUGCAACCUAAACUACUCUUAAAAAAAACAACAAAAAAAACUUAUAAUCAUAAACUUAUGCUAAGAAACCUCUGGACUUACAUGUAGCAUGAUGAAGUUUUGUUAAAGCUUUGAAGCUGAAAAGAGAACUUGAACAUUGUUUUUUCUCUCAGAAUGCUAAUAUGAAGCAACUGAUCUUUGAUUAUAGAUCUUUUUUUCUCUGUUUUUACUGUAUUUUUCUUUUUAACUUUUUUCCAGCAUGAUUCUGUAACAUUGUUACCAUAGUAACAUGUCAUAUUGACAUUGCUCCAAUACUUAACUGUUGUGUCAGGCCAACCAGCUGAUUACAGAUCAAACCAACAAUAUCCUUUCUAAUACCUUAUCUGUGCUUAAAUAAGCUUGCCGGGCCAUACAGGAUGGACCUAAUAGAAUCGCCCACAAGUUCUAGACCACGCCCCUCCAGAAUGCAAACCAGAGCAAUCACUCCACGUAUUAGAGGAUAUGAGGUUGUGUUGGGCUUCAGUAGGCGAUGAUGAUGAACGUGAUGAUUUUGCAUGAUUCUGGAGCAUGCCCUUUAGAGGAAGGACAGAUAAACCUCUUCACAGAGAAGAUUGUAUGUAGAAGAGAAGACACACACACCCACACACUCCUAUCACACAGUCCAGCUGAUGUUCUGAUUGUUCUCAUUAAAGCUUUGUCUUCUGA